AUGAUCGCCUCAUCGGCGGCGAGACUCUCGGCGGCGAGCCUCCUCCGAGCGGCCGUCGCCGUUCUCUUCGGCCUUUCGAUACUUCGUUUCGUGUUGUCCCUGAAAUCCCUGCUAUACCUACUCGGGCGAUUAUGGCGAUGGGGAGAGGAAAGAACGCAGGCGUAUCAGAGCUUCAAUGUCCCCCGAUAUGGUGAAGGAUUGCAGGAGAAUCCUUUGUAUAGGAAAGCGGCAGCCUACGUCGCCGCGCUUCCCGCUGCUGAGGAUUCUGAUCACACCAAUCUGUUCUCCUCCGGUGUCCGGCAUAACGAGUUCUCGGCCCAGCUUGCAGCCGGACAGGUGGUUUACGAUUUUUUCCUCGGCGCUCGGGUUUCGUGGAGUUCUCUUCCAGGGGGCGGCGAUGGGGGGUGCCUUGUGCUCCGGCUUCGGAGGCAGGAUCGGUACCGCGUGCUCCGGCCGUAUCUUCAGUAUGUGGAGAACGCGGCGGGGGAGAUCGAGAACCGUCGGAAGGAAAUUAUGAUGUAUACGAUCGCCGGCGGGAAGUGGAGAUCGGUUCCGAUGACGCAUCCAGCUACGAUGGAGACGGUGGCAAUGGAACAGGAUAUCAAGAACAGGGUGAUGUCCGAUCUUGAAUCGUUUCUAAAGGGGCGAGCCUAUUAUACGCGGCUUGGCCGCGUGUGGAAGCGAAGCUACCUCCUCCAUGGCCCUCCGGGUACCGGAAAAUCAAGCUUCGUCGUUGCCAUGGCGCGAUUUCUCUGCUACGAUAUCUAUGACCUCGACCUCUCCGUCGUCUCUGAUGCUACCGAUCUCCGCUCGCUCCUCCUUGAUACGAGUCCCAGAUCCAUAAUCUUAAUCGAAGAUCUCGACCGGUACCUCGCCGCCGCCGGAGACAUCAGCAGGAUGCUAAACUUCAUGGAUGGUGUCUUCUCUUGCUGCGCCGAAGAGCGGGUGAUGGUAUUCACGGCAAGCGUCAGCAAGGAGACGCUCGAUUCGGCGGUGACUCGGCCAGGUCGUCUCGAUGUUCAUAUCAAUUUUCCCCUCUGCGAUUUCACAGCCUUCAAAUCUCUGGCGAGCAGCUACCUAGGGCUUAAAGAUCACAAGCUCUUCCCGCAGGUGGAAGAAGGGUUUCAGACCGGAACAAAACUAAGCCCCGCAGAGAUUGGCGAAAUCAUGAUCGCUAAUCGCGGAUCGCCGAGCCGAGCGCUCAAAUCCGUCAUCAACGCCCUGCAACGAUCCACUUCUUUCGGCGGGGCUGAAAAGUCGAUCGUCACGGGGUUUUCAACCGGAAGCCGGCGGCUGUCGGAGUCGGAGCUGAUCAGUUGCACUUCAGAGAGAAUAGGGGUUGGAAAGGAUGCUACGGUGAGGGAGUUCAGGAAGCUUUACGGUCUGAUAAGGUUGCGGAGCGGGAGCAGAAGAGAGGGGACAAUGUCGGUUGAUGCCGCCAGCAAUGCCGCGGACGGUGGCGGCGGCGGCGGCGGGAUGGAGGAGAGGAGUUGAGAGAAUCGGAUUGGGAGACGUCUGUGUCAGCAGAGGCGAUUCCACGGGAGUUGUGGUUCUGCCACGGCAUUACUUUGAUUCUGUCCUUUCUUACUGAUUCUUGUGGUUGAAUGAUAAUAUUUGAUUGUUAGGGUGUAAAUUGUAAAUUCAGUAAUCAAGUAGAACAAUAUAGCGAAUAAAUACCCUAUUGUUACUUUUAUGUAGCU